AUGGCGCCUUCACGUGAGUGGCAGAAGUUCUUGCCUGAGCCCAAGCAACUGGAGUUCACAGCUUCUCUAUGCAGCGACAAAGCAGGCUACAUGACGCAACAGCAGGUGAGGCUAUUCCUUCGAGGAAUGGGACUGUGUAUUCGAUUAUGGCAAAUGAAAUGAUAUUGAUAAUUAUGUCUUCAAAUGCUAUGCGUGUUGGGUUCUUUCUGUCCAGGUGGCAUCGUGCAGUACGUUGCGCAAAAUAAGUGUGCUUGGCCUUGACGAGUAAAGAUGAAGAUAUUCAGCUUCUUUCAUGAUUAUUUGUGACCAAUCUAAUAUCAAGCAGUAGUACAUUGAUACGCUGGCUCACCAGAGUCAACAACCACCAGAAGUCUAAGUUAGAUUUAACAUAUUAGACCACGAGGACACUCCUUCAUGAAGAUCUCUAAUUCUCGAAGCUGAAUUUAUAAAGACUAUCUUCAACGCAAACGGAGCCAACCUGGCGAAGACGGAUGGCGCAGAUGUCAGUAUCGCCAGUCCCGACAAAGGAAAUGAACGAGCGAUUAGUAUACUAGACACGUUUUUUCUUGUGAAGAAGUUAGCUUUGACCACUUCAAUCAUCGUUCACUGGAAGAAAAAGAAGAAACAAUAACUAACUCUUCAACAUCGACCUCUUGCCAGGCACAUCAAUCAAUCAAUGUCGUGGCUUUUCUUAAACACUUCUUCAAUCAUCGUUCAUUAGGAAAUAUGCUAUGUUGCCGUGACUUUCCUUAAAGACUAUUGAAACUACUUUUCUCUCCAACACCAACUACUUUUCUCUCCAACUACACCUACUUUUCUCUCCAACACCAACUACCAGCCGUGUCACCACUGCUCUCGGACGACAGUCAACUGCCAGCGAUGAAGUAUAGAAAAGACGUCGUUUGUGCUUGGUACAAAGAACACAAGGAGUUCUACCUUCAGACGGACAAGACCAAGACGGAGCGAGCGUUAGAGACGUUGCUACCGCAUAUCGGAGGUUCCGCAAAGAACACGGUCGCUUUGCCGUUGCUGAUUAUGAACAAUUCUGCAUUUGCUGAUAUUGUAAGUAUAAGUAAUUGUUUUCAUUGUCCUGAUGGAAGCUCUCUAUCUCUUGCAUUUUUAAAGAAGAAGGACUAAUAAAGCAUAAGUGCAAGUGUUCAUAUCGAAUCAUUAUGGUUGCUCUAAUGACGAGCACGUGCUAGCAAAUUUAGGGGAUGACAAGAUCAAGCCUACCGAUUUCGACGCAAUUCUUGGGAAAGAGUUAGGAGCAGGCGAUAAGCCGAUUGCGGAGCUUCUAAGUGGAUUAGUGCAGGUCAGAGCACCUGUCAGUUACAAUUGAGGUGGCUGUAGAGCGGCCUACUAAGAGCGGACUACAAUUACUGCUGCACCACAUACAGAUCAUCAUCUACAGUAGAAUUGAUGUCGUUCGCUUGGAUUUGGAGGGGGGGAUGAUAAUGCUGACAAUCACUGACGUCCACAUUGACAUUCACUGACGUAGACUUCCAAACAUGACGCCAUAAAGGUAUCCUGAUGAAUUAGAAUCAAGCCAGGUGCCGGGGGGCUUUGAUGUGCAGGAUGCACAACCUAACCUAACCUGUUGAUUUUGCGACAUUUGAUAUACAACCAGUCUCCGUGGAAUCAUAGAAUGUUGAUGCGUAAUAGCACGAGGCAAAGGCAAUCUCGGCGAAAUGCAAACAU